UCUUUUAACAGAAAUGUUGUUUUUGUUUUAGGGAUUUAUCAAAGAUGUCCAUGAGGAUUCACUCACUGUUGUAUUUGAAAACAAUUGGCAGCCAGAGCGCCAGGUACCCUUCAAUGAAGUCAGAUUACCACCACCACCUGAUAUCAAGAAAGAAAUAGGUGAAGGAGAUGAAGUGGAGGUUUAUUCUAGAGCAAAUGACCAAGAACCUUGUGGCUGGUGGCUGGCAAAAGUUCGAAUGAUGAAAGGAGAGUUUUAUGUCAUUGAAUAUGCUGCUUGUGAUGCCACUUACAAUGAAAUUGUCACUUAUGAACGACUCCGACCUGUGAAUCAAAAUAAAGCUGUCAAAAAGAACACCUUUUUUAAGUGCACAGUGGAUGUUCCUGAAGAUCUGAGAGAUGCGUGUGCUAAUGAAAAUGCACAUAAAGAUUUCAAGAAAGCUGUAGGAGCAUGUCGAAUUUUUUAUCAUGCUGAAACUGCUCAACUAAUAAUACUGUCUGCCAGCGAAGCAACAGUGAAGAGAGUGAAUAUAUUGAGCGACAUGCAUUUGCGCAGCAUUCGUACCAAACUUAUGCUCAUGUCAAGAAAUGAAGAAGCUACAAAACACUUAGAAUGCACGAAACAGCUUGCUGCAGCAUUUCAUGAGGAAUUUAUAGUCAGAGAAGAUUUAAUGGGACUCGCUAUAGGAACACAUGGCAGUAACAUACAACAAGCUAGAAAGGUUCCAGGCGUUACCGCAAUUGAACUUGAGGAAGAUACUGGCACUUUCAGAAUCUAUGGAGAGACUGCUGAUGCAGUAAAAAAGGCUAGAAGUUACUUGGAAUUUGUGGAGGAUUUUAUUCAGGUUCCCAGAAAUCUUGUUGGAAAAGUUAUUGGAAAAAACGGAAAAGUGAUUCAGGAGAUCGUAGACAAGUCUGGAGUCGUGAGGGUGAGAAUUGAAGGAGAUAAUGAAAAUAAACUGCCCCGAGAAGAUGGAAUGGUACCGUUUGUAUUUGUUGGUACUAAAGAAAGCAUUGGAAAUGUCCAAGUUCUUUUAGAAUACCACAUUGCCUAUCUAAAGGAGGUAGAACAACUAAGACUGGAGAGGCUCCAGAUAGAUGAACAGUUGCGUCAGAUUGGUAUGGGUUUCAGACCCUCGUCCGCUAGAGUUCCUGAAAAAGAAAAGGGCUAUACAACUGAUGAGAGUACCCUCUCCUCAGUACAAGGUUCCAGAUCAUACAGCGGAAGAGGGAGAGGUCGCAGAGGCCCCAGUUACACAUCUGGUUACGGUACAAACUCUGAGCUCUCUAAUCCCUCUGAAACAGAAUCUGAGAGAAAAGAUGAACUUAGUGACUGGUCCUUGGCAGGAGAAGAUGACAGAGAGACCCGACAUCAACGUGACAAUAGGAGACGUCCUGGAGGACGAGGACGCAGUGUGUCUGGAGGUCGGGGGCGUGGCGGACCUCGUGGUGGCAAGUCAUCCAUCAGCUCUGUGCUUAAAGAUCCAGACAGCAAUCCUUACAGCUUACUUGAUAACACAGAAUCAGACCAGACUGUGGAUACUGAUGCUAGUGAAUCUCACCACAGUAGUAACCGUCGUAGGAGGUCACGCAGACGAAGGACUGACGAAGAUGCUGUUCUAAUGGAUGGAAUGACAGAGUCUGAUACAGCCUCUGUUAAUGAGAAUGGCUUAGAUGAUAGUGACAAAAAACCCCAGCGACGCAAUCGUAGCCGCAGGCGUCGCUUCAGGGGUCAGGCAGAAGAUAGACAGCCAGUAACAGUAGCUGAUUAUAUAUCACGAGCCGAAUCUCAAAGUAGACAAAGAAACCCUCCAAAGGAGACACUAGCCAAAACCAAGAAAGAAAUGGCAAAAGAUGUGAUCGAUGAAAACAGCCCUUCUGAAAAAGCAGUGAAUGGUCCUGCUACAACCUCUGGGGAUGAGCCUUCUAAUAAACUACCGCACAGUCCUGAUGAAAAGAAAGUUACAGUACAAGAGGAGGGAAAUAAUCAGGAAGAAGCAGUGCUGAAUGGUGUUUCAUAAACUGAAGUUCCUAGUUUACAGUUCUUUUACAUUACAUUUAAAAUAGUGCUUGUAUAAGCUUGCCAAAGAUAGAAUACGGAUCGCCAGUCUUGACACCGCACUUUCAGUUCCUCCAUUUUGGAAUACAGAAAAGGGGAGGGAUCCUGAAGAAAUCAUAUGUUAAACAUACUUUGACACCUACUGUGUUAUAAAUAUAUCAUCAGAUGUGCCUUGAGAUAGUAUAUGUAACAUUUAAAUAAACAAAAUUGCUGGCUAUAGGAAAUGUUAUUUUGUUUUCAAAAUAUGGCAAAGAUGUGAGGGGGAUCCCUAACAUAAUACUCUUUAUGAAAGCAUUAGCUGCUUUUGUUACAUUUUUAAUAAUAUGCAACCACUUCUUCACCUGAGGAAUACUAGAAAGAAAUGCAGUCUAAAAUAUUUUGCACUGAAAUGUAAUUUCUCCAUUAGUUUAGUCUGGAAACUGGUCUGUUUUAAUACAUGUUUUUUAAAUGCUGUAUGUAGAGGAAAAAUCUGCAGACCACUGGAAUACAUUUGUUAAAUUCUCAUAAUCUGCAGGGAUACUGGGUGACAUUGGCAGUGACUGUUCUACAUUGAGGCUUUGUUUGGUUUAUUUAUUAAACUGUACAGUAUUUAAAAAUCAAACAUAGCUUUAGUUAACACUAAGCUGAAUUAGUCAUGUCCAUUAAGACAUAACCUGAACUACUGAAAGAUCAAUUUCCAGAAAGUUUAUCCUGUACAAACUACAUAUGUUAGUCCUUAGUAGAGUAUUUUUAUUUUUGUUUUGGUUGUUUGAUGUGCAAUAUGUUUUUUUUUUGUAUGCUGGUAGUAAAAGAAAAUAAACUUUGAUCUUCCAUCUGUUGACUGUUUCUCUUAGAAAAUUAAAUUACUAUUUACUUAAGGCUUUCAAGCUGCUGACGCUAUUGAAACUUGUUUGCCAGGCAGCUUGAACCUUUAAUUUUUUCUUAGGGUUUUUUUUCUAAUAUAUUCACCUUGCAUUCUUUAUGGUGAUGCUGUAAAACAUCAGUUAAUACCUCUAAAAACAUAAUUUUUAUCUGGGAGAACUGGGUAACUUGACUAACAUACGUAGGAAUCAACAGAGACAGUUUUUUAAUUGAGCAGCUAGAAGCAUGACAUACUAACAGACAUCUUUUCAGGUACAAGGGCAAGGACAAUGUGGAAGAAAUAAAGAAAUCUAGGAAGCAAGAGAGAGGUGGUAAGAAGCCAGCAAAAACCACAGGUAGACCUGAAGUUAUGCAAACUGGAAAGAAAAAAAAAAACAAGUCUUGCUUGAUGUGGUCAGAAGUGAGUGAUGAUCCAAAGUAAACAUGUACCACACACUACUUCAUCUGCUCUAUGAGAGACAGCUAGAGAAGAACAGUGCCACCUAGGCUUGAGCAUGUAUUUCAUUUAAGGAUAUGUGCAGUUUUCAGUAUGACUUAUGUAGUGGGACUCAUGGACAGCAUUUCCUCAUGGAGGAAAAAAACCCUCACAGUUUAGAGCUAUACCAUUUAAGUGAGCAUAAGCCUCUUGAAUGAGAAGAGGCACCCCAAGAGUGGGGAAAAAACUUGAACAUGGUGGGGGGAGGGGGGAAGUUAGGUGUGAAAAUGAUCAGUAUUAGAAAGAACUUGAGUAGCUUGCAAAUUUCGCAUAGGUGUUGAAAGAUCCAUCUUCAGAACCUGUUGCAUAGCAGUAGUCUAUUCCCUCCCAUUUACUUUCUACUUCAAGUUCUGUAGUAAAGAACCUAAGGUAUCCACCCUCUCUUCUCUAUAGUUUCUAAACAGUUUCUGCUCUGUACUGUGUUAGUGAUUUGAUCUUCUCCUAAUACAUGGAACACCCCUAGUGUUUUUUUUAAAAUACUUUUCACUGAAAAAGUUAUAACUAGUCAACAGUUAAUACUAUAAUACAGCUACCUCAAAGGCAAGGUUCACACAGAGGAUGCAAGAUUAGUUACACCAUUCUAGUUGAAAUACACAGGCUUAUUAAACAUGGAAAAAGAGAAGUUCUGAAGUGCAAUGUGUAGAAAAGUACAGUUGGUGUUAACUAUUACCUAUGUUGUACAGCAAUUUUUACCUCAGUUGCAGAAAUACAAGGUUUUGAGAAUGAUAAGAGUUUUUUGGCCCUAAUUCAGAUACACUAGCAGCUGUUUUUCCUGUGUGUUUGGUUCCUUGAAGCCUGAUAAAAGCUCAGACAGCUUAAAUGGUUUACAUAAAUCCUUCCUGUUUCCUAAGACUGUAAAUGCAAACGUCACUAUGUGAAUUCUGACUUUGCAGUGCAAGAUACUGUAGCUUUAUACAUUAUUUACAAGUUUAUUAAUUGCUAUAAACUAGAUUUAAAAAGUGAAAAUUACUAGAAAACUUGGCAUAUUCUAGAUAAUCAUAAGUAGCUGAACCAUCCUUGUUUUCACAGGGCAUGACAACUGACUACAUUCAGUAUUUUUAUACUUUUAUUUUUGGAGUUAGAAAUAACCAUGUAUCUGUGCUAACUCUUCCUGUGCACAUAAUGCCUUUUAAUUCCCUCUCUCCCACAAAACUCUUUGUUUCUUGACGACCUUCUUCAUCAGUAUCUUCAGCAUAUGCUAACUUCAGCAUAUUGCAGACCAGCAGGGUGAACUUGAAACAUAGCUAGUUUAAUAGAAGUUAUAUCAACUGCGUAUCAGUGUAUCUGGUAAAAUGCAAGAAUAAUUGUCCAAACCACCUAUUGCAUUUUCCACUGUGAAAAUAGUGAUGAGUGGUAGAUUUUACUUCAACUGAAGAGUAACUU